AUGAAUCAACAACGAAGACAACGUAUGGCUGAAAACUAUUUAGUCAUAUGGGUCGACGCCAACAUAAAUAUGGAAAAUGAAGAUUUUCAACAUACACUCUCGCAAUUGCGAGGUGUUGUCAAUGAAGUAAAGAUUUGCAUUACACCAGAAGAAUGCAUUCGAUUCCUGAAUGACAACAAGGAGGAGACAUCAUUUGUUAUUUCCUCUGGCUCACUUGGACAAGUUCUUGUACCAAAUAUCCAUGGAAUGCGAAACCUUGAUAUGAUAUACAUAUUUUGUCGUAACAAGGAAUUUCAUCGAGAAUGGGCUCAACAUUGGACAAAAAUUAAAGGCGUCCACAAAACAAUCAAAUCCAUAUGCAAUGCAUUGCAAAUAGCUGUCAAGCAAUGCAAUCAAAAUAAUACAAUGGUCAGUAUAAUUAGUGCCGAUGCAGGUGGUUCUAGCGAAGAUCUCAAUCAGCUAGAACCAUCGUUCAUGUACACGCAAAUCUUCAAGGAAAUACUCCUUGAUAUGAAUCAUGACCAACAAGCCAUGGAAGAUUUAGUCAAGUUUUGUCAAGAACAAUACGAAGGUAACAAAAAUGAACUCAAACUUAUUGAUGAAUUCCAGCGUACUUAUCAUGCAACAUUCGCGAUAUGGUGGUAUACUCGCGAAUGUUUCACAUAUAAAAUGCUCAAUCGAGCAUUACGAACGCUCGAUGGAGAUAUUAUUAUCCGAAUGGGAUUUUAUUUAUGUGAUGUCCAUCGACAAAUUGAAAAUUUACAUAGCAAACAAAUCAAUAAAUAUCAUGGUAAGACACUUUUACUUUAUCGGGGGCAAGGAUUACUGACGGCAGAUUUCGAAAAAAUCACUAAAAACAAAGGUGGACUUAUUUCGUUUAAUAACUUUUUAUCGACCAGUAAAAAUCGAAAUAUCUCUCUCGGGUUCGCCAAGGAUGCCUUAGGAACAACAGAUACGGUUGGUGUUCUUUUCCAAAUGCCCAUCGAUCCCACAGAGUCAUCAACUCCAUUCGCUUCGAUUCGAGAGCUGAGUGAUUUCGCACAAGAAGAUGAAAUUCUCUUCUCGAUGCACACAGUCUUUCGAAUUGGUGAAGUUCGAAAAAUUGACAAGAAAAGUCCACUUUAUGAAGUGGACCUUAAACUUACAGCAGAUGAUGAUCAACAACUACGUCAGUUAACCAAAAUUAUAGCAAAAGAAACGUCAGGUAGCACUGGAUGGCAUCGAAUGGGGAAAUUGCUGCUCCAAAUAGGUCAAUUCGACAAGGCCGAGGAAUUGUAUACCACAUUACUAGAACAGGCAUCGGACGACAGCGAUAAAGCACAUCUUUAUCAUCAACUUGGAUUGUUGAAAAAUGACCAAGGACAAUACAAAGAAGCAGCUUCAUAUUAUGAGACAUCUCUCAAAAUCGAACGAAAAGCUCUCCCAGAAGAUCAUCCUUCAUUGGCUGCUACCUACAACAACAUCGGUCUAGUGUAUAACAACAUGGGUGACUACUCGAAAGCACUGGAUUUUUACGAAAAAGCACAUGAAAUAUUCGAAAAAGCUCUGCCUCCGAAUCAUCCCGAUUUGGCUACUUCGUACAACAACAUCGGUACAGUGUAUUACAAGAUGGGUGAUUACUCGAAAGCACUGGAAUUUUACGAGAAAGCACAUCAAAUAAAAGAAAAAGCUCUUCCUCCAAAUCAUCCCGAUUUGGCUCUUUCCUACAACAACAUCGGUGGAGUGUAUGACAACAUGGGUGACUACUCCAAAGCACUGGAAUUUUACGAAAAACAUCUAGAAAUCACAAAAAAAGCUCUGCCUCCGAAUCAUCCUGAUUUGGCUCUUUCCUACAACAACAUCGGUCAAGUGUAUAACAAUAUGGGUGAUUACUCGAAAGCACUGGAAUUUUACGAAAAAGCACAUCAAAUAAAAGAAAAAGCUCUUCCUCCAAAUCAUCCCGAUUUGGCUCUUUCCUACAACAACAUCGGUCAAGUGUAUAACAAUAUGGGUGAUUACUCGAAAGCACUGGAAUUUUACGAAAAAGCACAUAAAAUAAAAGAAAAAGCUCUGCCUCCAAAUCAUCCCGAUUUGGCUACUUCCUACAACAACAUCGGUACAGUGUAUAACGCCAUGGGUGAUUACUCGAAAGCACUGGAAUUUUACGAAAAAGCACAUAAAAUAAGAGAAAAAGCUCUGCCUCCGAAUCAUCCCGAUUUGGCUCUUUCCUACAACAACAUCGGUCUAGUGUAUAAGAACAUGGGUGACUACUCGAAAGCACUGAAAUUUUACGAAAAAGCACUUAAAAUAAGAGAAAAAGCUUUGCCUCCG